ACACAGUAGUCAUAAACAUGGUACAAGGCAAACAUUUACAGACAGACAUCAUACUCUAUGAUACGGAUUUGGAGAGCGAAGGGAUCUUGCAAGUACUCACUAGGUACUCAGUUCAUGUUUCUUCUUCAUGGCAACUUUAUCAUGAGUAGUACUCACACAACCUUUUGCGGGAAGUUUUUUUCGAACUAGCGCAAUGGCAGAGGCCGCCAAUCGCACUUUCAAAUAAUCUCAACAUACAGCAAUAACUGUGAAUCAACGGAGAAAAAUAAGCAGCAAUGGCGGCCACUAAAGUUUGCUACAAUACAAAAUGUGGUGCCACAUCGAGUGGCAAGUGGAGAAGCGGAUGGGUUCUCCGUUCGGGACAAUUCGCCGAUCUUUGCGAUUCUUGCGGGUCUGCCUUUGAGCAAAUGAGAUUUUGUGAAAUAUUUCACUUAGAUGAUGCUGGUUGGAGGACGUGCAAGAUGUGUGAAAAGCCUGUCCAUUGUGGGUGCAUUUCUUCUAUCAAUUUAUUCAUGCAUCUUGAUGUUGGAGGCAUUGAAUGCAUCCUUUGUGCUAUGAAGAGUGGCAGCCAUAUCUUGGAAGGUCAACCUUCAAAAAUUGGCAAUGGAGCAUCUCCCAGCAGGUUUUCUGACGGUGGUGUAAAUGACAUGUCUGCAAAUACUGAUGUAUCUGGAAGCUUAUACCAUCCUGGGAAGCGAAAAUCAGAUUCACUGAAGGAGGAGCUUAUAUCUCAGUUCAAUGAUUCAGAUACGGAUCAUAGAUGGUAUAAAAAUGAUGGUGCUAGAUGCAAAUCAAAAGAAAGGAAAGUUUUCCAAUCAACAUUGCCAGGGGAUAAAAUGCAUAGCCAUAAUCUUGGCAUUAAAAACAAAAGGUUGCGGAUAGAUAGUGAAGAUGCAUUAGAGUUAAAGGUAACAUGGGAAGAAGCUCAAGACUUGUUUUGCCCUCCUUUAACAGCUGUCCCGAGUGUUGUGAUCAUCGAAGGGCAUGAGUUUGAAGAGUAUGAGGAACCUCCAAUCUUUGGCAAGAGGACAACUUUUCAUAAGAAACGAUCGAGGGUUCCCUUGUCUGGAUCUUGUGAAGUGAGUUUUGAAGAUCUAGAUAAACUUCCUGAACAAAAUAUAGGCAAGAAAAGGAAAAAGGUUUCUCAAAGUCAUGCAGAUAUUGGGGACUCUUCUGGUCUGGAUGCAUCAACCAAUGCAGCCACUCUUGGGGAGAAAAUGACAACAUCUUCCUCGAUCAAUCCCACAACAAAACACCCUCGACACAGACUGGGAUGCACAUGCAUUGUUUGUAUUCAGCCUCCCAGUGGAACGGGGCCCAAACACAAAUCUUCUUGCACCUGCAGUGUUUGUAUUACUGUCAAACGUAGAUUCAAGACGCUUAUGACACGGCGUAGAAAAGAAACAGACAAUGCAAUCAAAAAGUACAAUUCUUUAAAUGAGCAGAAAGAUGCCCUCAGUUUUGAGAGAAAGGAAUCUGACGUGCAGUCUGAUUUUGUGAAUGAAUUCAUAUGGGAUACUCCAGUUUCAGUAUGCAAGAAGGGGAUUACAAAUAUUCAUGAUUAUCCAGGAAAUGAAGUUGAAUUGCCUUCAGAUCUGAACUUACAUGCUUCCUGCAAGGACAGUGAAAGUGUGAAAGAAGAUUAUUUACUCAGUAAAGGGCGAAUUGAUUUGAAUAGUCAACCAGGCAGUGAGGAGGAAGAAUCACUUGAAAUUGGUCUGGUAAAAACAGUGGGGCUUAUCGAUAAUGUCUCUUUGCCUCUUGAAAUGUGCAUCAAGCAACAUGAACUUCCAAGUUUAAUAUACCCUCCACAGAUAAGUAAUACAUUGGGAUUUCAACAAAGUUCAAGUGAAGGAAGACUUGAGGAAACUUCCAGGGUUCACAAUGAAGAUCAUAUCACGAAAGAAGAGUUCAUUUCAAACAGAACUAAAACUGAUUCCAUAUAAAUCUCCAUCUAGAUAAAUUUACAAGAUUCACCUCCAUUUGUAGAAUGCAUGUCAUGUGUGUGCAACUAAACAGGGAGGCUCCACUUUUGGGUUUCACAAAAUCUGGUAACAACAAUAUCGUACAGAAUAAGAGUUUGUAAGAUAAUACUUUGUUACUGUGGGUUCACAAUCAGGUCCCUGAGACCGCUAUUUUUCUUUAGGAUGGCUACUGUAUAGGAUGGUAACUUUUGAUGUUCAUGCAAGGGAUGAUUGACAAUCAUCUGACCUGGACAUUCUGUUAUCUUCAGCCACAUCCAUGAAAAAUGAGCUGCUGGAUUACAUCCUUUUUUAACUGCAACAUGCCUUUAGUUUUGCUGCUUUUAAUUUCCUUUGGCAUAGUUGAAACUCUCGCUGGAACUUGUUUCUAGUAUACUGAAGCACCGGGUUAUCCUAAAGCUCCAGAUAAUAUGCAUUUUACAUUUUAGGAUGUACAGUUUUGAACUACAUUUCUAAAGAUGUCAUCCAAAAGGAAUUUAUUGGGUUCUUUCCCAGAACUUAUUUUCUUGCUUUGCUUUUUCUUUUUGGCGGGCUUGAUUGACUACUUGUGAGCCAUGUUUUGGAAGAUAAAAACUUGAAUUUACGGCAGUUCAAGGCCCUAUUAUUUUCUA